UGUGCGUGCGGCGGAGAGGGGAGCCGCCGGCAAUGUGGCGGGAGCGCUGAGGGCGAUGGCGACCGACAGCGCCGACACCCUCCACUGGGCUUCAGCCAUCGAGCAGCGCGCCGCCGAGGCUCCGUCAUCCAACCACCCUCACUCGCGGUCCGUUAACACAAAAGAAUAUGACUCUGUCUUGUAUGGUCCAGUUGUGGAUUAUUCCUUCAGAAAUUUGGAUGCUUUGCCUGAUGCCCUUAAAGUAACCCCUCGGACAGGCCUGAAACCCAAUCAGUACACGGCGGAGCGGAAACUGAUGAGCUGCUCCUUGCGGCUGAGCCACAACAACCUGAGUGACCUGAGUGGUUUGAAACAGUUGAUUGACACCGUGUUGGUGGAGCCCAGGCGUUUGUUCUGGAUCGACCUCUCCUUCAACAACUUCUUCAACAUUGACCCUGUCUUGAUUCUGUGCAUCAACCUGCAAGUCCUGAACUUCCAUGGCAACCGGGUCAGUGAGCUCUUCGAGGCAGACAAGCUGGCGUCGCUGCCCCACCUGCGGAGCCUGACACUGCACGGCAACCCCAUGGAGCUGCUGAAAGGAUACAGGAGCUACAUCGUGGGGAUUAUCCCACAGCUAAAGUCGCUGGAUUAUAGCACAAUCACCAAACAAGACCGAUCCACUGCUGCCGCCCUGAAGUCAUUCACCAAACAGAAGCGACCUGCCAGGAGAAGGUACCACGAGUAGAUCCCAAGAGAGACAACUGCCCUUCCGACCGGCGUGCAGUGGGUUCCAUCUGAACGCUCCCCGAUUCCCAGCCUGGGGUACAGUUGGGGAAUGGGGAACAGUGCAACUCUUGCUGCAACUUGCCCAGAAUUAAUUGUAAUUAAAAGUCACAUUGAUUGGUGUUGAUUGUUAACAAGAUUUCUUGAUGCCUCUUCCCUUCUGGGUGUGGCUAUGUGUUGGGGAGUUUCUAUCACAGAGUCAUUAGCUCCUUCCGCCCAUCACGUACAUGCUAACCAUCUACCCUAAUCCCAGUUAUCGGCACUUGGUUCGUACCCUUCUAUUUGGCUAUUCAAGUGUUCAUCUGAAUACUUCUUGAAUGUGUCUCUGCAGAUACAACAGUGGUGUUUAAGAGGCUGUUAGACAGACACAUGAAGAUGCAGACAUUGUGGGCCGAAGGGCCUGUUCCUGUGCUGUACCGUCUAUGUUCAGUGUUCCUGCGCUGUACCGUCUAUGUUCAGUGUUCCUGCGCUGUACCGUCUAUGUUCAGUGUUCCUGUGCUGUACCGUCUAUGUUCAGUGUUCCUGCGCUGUACCAUCUAUGUUCAGUGUUCCUGUGCUGUACCAUCUAUGUUCAGUGUUCCUGUGCUGUACCAUUCCAUGGUCUGUGCCUCUACCACUCCUUCAUGCAAUGCUCUGUGUCAAAAAAAAUCUUCCUCAGUUCCCCUCCAAACCCCAUGCACCUUAUCCAAAACCCUCAAUGGUCCAGAAUUCUGGCUACUAGUUUUUUUUCUUUUAUUUUCAGCAUCUAGGCUUCACCUCCAAGGCCAGCGUUUGCAAUCCACCUUUAUCUCCCCUCAACAAUGCAGUACUGCACCUUUACCUGAACAGCUGUGGUUCUUCCAGUGAAGGUGUGCCCGGUGCUGAUGAAGGGUCACCUAUUGGCCAGCCACCACCACGUGCAGCUUGGUGGGGGCAUGCAGGUGGUAAUGUUCCCCACUGCCUCCAGCCCUUGUUCUCGGUGGGAGAGGUUGUGGGGCUGGAGCUGCUAUUGGUAUUGUUUGUAGAUAUACCCACUGUGUGCUGGUGGUGGAUGUGGUGCCAAUCAAGCAGGCUACCUGGAUAGUAUUGAGCUUCUUGAGUUGUUGUAUGGGUGGUUCAGCUGAGUCUCUCGUCCAUGGGUACCCCCCCAACCCCCCCAGAUGGUGAUGUUAAUAUCAUGUUAGACACUCUUAUUAAAGAUGGUCAUUGCCUGGCACUGUUGUGGUACAAACCUUACAGGCCAGUUUUCAGCUUGAAUGCUGUCUGAGUCCAGCUGCCUGCAGGCACAGAAUAGUUAACAUGAGGAGUUAUGAAUGGAAUUGAACAUUGU